UUUCGCGAGAGUUGGGGUCUUCGCGUUGGGAGAGGGCCCGGUUCUGUGGAGUAGCUUGUUCGCUACCCUUUGGGCGGGUGAACCCGAAGUCAGGCUCGGAACCCGAGCGGCAGAUCCUGCGCACUCAGCUGCGCUUCUGUUGAAAGCCCAGAGGAGGAAAGAAUGGCUGUUGCAUAUUCAAAAGCAAAGUUCAAGUUCCACUCUUCCUGCUACCCCUUCAGAACAAAAUGAAACAACCAACAUGGAUUAUUUUGAAGAAAAUUCCAGUUCUGCCUUUUCCAGGCUCUCUCCUUCUGUAAGAUAGGAACCCAGAAGACUGAUCACUUUUUGCAGCUCUAGAAACCAUGUUUCAGAGAUCAGUGAUGUUCAGGGAUAUUGCCGUUGACUUCUCGCAGGAAGAGUGGGAGUGCCUGGACCCUACUCAAAGGGAUUUGUAUAGAAACGUAAUGUUGGAGAACUAUAGUAAUUUGGUGUCACUAGACUUACCUUCAAGGUGUGCAAAUAAAGACUUAUCUCAAAAAAGGGGCCCUAAUGAAACAGAAUUAUCUCAAUGGGAAAUGAACGGUAGGCUUGAAAACUGUGAACUUGAUAAGACCAAUCCCAGAGAUUAUUUGGAAGUCAAAGGAAAGUUGGAGAAUCAACGUGAAAAUCAGAAAGAAUACUUUGGUCAAGGGAUGAUCACAUAUGACAGAAUGUCUGUUUUCAACCAGCAUACCUACUUAUCUCAACAUCCAAGAUGUCAUUCUUUGGAGAAACCCUAUAAGUGUAAGGAAUGUGGGAAAGCCUUCCGUCGUGCCUCACACCUAAGUCAACAUCAGAGUAUUCAUACUGGUGAAAAACCCUAUGAAUGUAAGCAGUGUGGGAAAGCCUUUAGUAGAGAUUCUCAGCUCAGUCUUCAUCAGAGACUUCAUACUGGUGAGAAACCAUAUGCAUGCAAAGAAUGUGGGAAGGCCUUUACUCAAAGUUCACAACUUAUUUUACAUCAUAGAAUUCAUACUGGUGAGAAACCAUAUAAAUGUGAAGAAUGUGGAAAAGCCUUUAUUCGUAGCUCACAACUCACCCGUCAUCAAAAAGUCCAUACUGGUGAGAAACCUUAUGAAUGUAAAGAAUGUGGAAAGGCCUUUACUCAGAACUCACAACUUACUCUGCACCAGAGACUUCACACUGGUGAGAAACUGUAUGAAUGUAAAGAAUGUAGGAAGGUCUUUACUCAGCUCUCACAACUUAUUCUGCAUAAAAGAAUUCAUACCGGUGAGAAACCUUAUGAAUGUAAGGAAUGUGGGAAGGCUUUUAUUUGUGGCUCACAGCUUUCUCAACAUCAGAAAAUUCAUAAUGGGGAAAAGCCAUAUGAAUGUAAGGAAUGUGGAAAGGCCUUUAUUCGUGGCUCACUCCUAAUGCAACAUCAAAGGAUUCAUACUGGUGAGAAGCCCUAUAAGUGUGAAGAAUGUGGUAAGGCCUUUAUCCGUGGUUCACAACUUACUCAACACCAGAGAAUUCAUACUAAUGAGAAGCCCUAUGAAUGUAAGGAAUGUGGAAAGACCUUUAGUCAUGGCUCACAACUUACUCAACAUCAAAGAAUUCAUACUGGUGAAAAGCCCUAUCAAUGUAAGGAGUGCGGAAAAGCUUUUAAUCGUGGCUCACUCCUUACACGACAUCAAAGGAUUCACACUGGUGAGAAACCAUAUGAAUGUAAAGAGUGCGGAAAAAACUUUAGUCGUGGCUCAGAACUUACUCAACAUGAGAGAAUCCACACUGGUGAGAAACCCUAUGAAUGUAAGGAAUGUGGAAAGUCUUUUAUUCGUGGCUCACAGCUUACUCAGCAUCAAAGGAUCCAUACUGGUGAAAAACCUUAUGAAUGUAAAGAAUGCAGAAUGGCUUUUACUCAGAGUUCACAUCUUUCCCAACAUCAGAGACUUCAUACUGGUGAGAAACCCUAUGUAUGUAAUGAAUGUGGGAAGGCCUUUGCUCGUGGCUUAUUGCUUAUUCAACACCAGAGAAUUCACACAGGUGAAAAACCAUAUCAGUGUAAGGAAUGUGGGAAAGCCUUUAUUCGUGGUUCACAGCUUACUCAACAUCAGCGAAUUCACACUGGAGAGAAACCUUAUGAAUGCAAGGAAUGUGGAAAGGCCUUUAGUCAUGGCUCUCAACUUACUCUACACCAGAGAAUUCAUACAGGAGAGAAGCCCUAUGAAUGCAAAGAAUGUAGAAAGGCCUUUACUCAAAGCUCACAUCUUUCUCGACAUCAGAGAAUUCACACUGGUGAAAAACCGUAUCAGUGUAAAGAAUGUGGGAAGUCUUUCACUCGUGGUUCACAACUUACUCAACAUCAGAGAAUUCACACAGAUGAGAAACCCUAUGAGUGUAAAAAAUGUGGAAAGGCCUUUAGUCAGAGCUCACAGUUUAUUCAACAUCAGAGAAUUCAUAUUGGUGAAAAAUCUUACGAAUGUAAAGAGUGUGGGAAAUUUUUUAGUUGUGGUUCACAUGUUACUCGGCAUCUAAAAAUCCAUACUGGUGAAAAACCCUUUGAAUGUAAAGAAUGUGGAAAGGCCUUCAGUUAUAGCUCAUACCUUUCUCAACAUCAAAGAAUUCAUACUGGUAAGAAACCCUACGAAUGUAAAGAAUGUGGGAAAGCCUUUGGUUAUUGCUCAAAUCUCAUUGACCACCAACGCAUUCACACUGGUGAAAAACCAUACGAAUGUAAAGUAUGUGGGAAAGCCUUUACUAAAAGCUCACAACUCUUUCAACAUGUGCGAAUUCAUACAGGCGAAAAACCCUAUGAAUGUAAGGAUUGUGGCAAAGCCUUUACUCAGAGCUCAAAGCUAGUUCAGCAUCAGAGAAUCCACACUGGUGAGAAACCAUAUGAAUGUAAGGAAUGUGGCAAAGCCUUUAGUAAUGGCUCAGCACUUAUUAAUCAUCAGAGAAUUCACACUGGUGAAAAACCCUAUGAUUGUAAAGAAUGUGGGAAGGCUUUUACUCAGAGCUCACAACUUCGUCAACAUCAAAGAAUCCAUGCUGGUGAGAAACCUUUUGAAUGUCUUGAAUGUGGGAAGGCCUUUACCCAGAACUCACAACUUUUUCAGCAUCAGAGAAUCCAUACAGAUGAAAAACCAUAUGAAUGUAGUGAAUGUGGAAAGGCCUUUAAUAAAUGCUCAAACCUUACUCGACACUUGAGAAUUCAUACAGGAGAAAAGCCCCAUAACUGUCAGGAAUGUGGGAAGGCAUUUAGUAGUGGCUCAGAUCUCAUUCGCCAUCAGGGAACUCAUACUAAUGAAUAAUAAACAUUACAGGUCUUAUUACAUUCUUAACAUUUAAAAAAUUGAUAUUUGAUAGUUACCCUGUUCUACUGUAUUGUUUAUUUUAUAUUUAAGUUUUCAAUCCAAAUACAUUUCACUAUAGGUUAUGCAUUCACAGAGUAUAAAUUGAUACCAGAUGUGGGGGUGCAUGCCUGUAAUCCCAGCACUCAGAAGGCUGAAGCAGGAAGAUUGCCAUGAGUUCAAGGCCAACUUG